UAUAAUAUUAAUAAUGUAAUUCUUAAUGAUUUAACGGUGCAAAUACCGAAAGGUAAAAUAUUUGCACUGUUAGGUCCAAACGGAACGGGAAAAACAACUAUAAUGCGUGUAAUGUUAGGACAAUUAAAAUUAACAUCGGGCACAAUUGACGUUUUUGGGAAAAAACUUGGUUCAGUGGAUUCAGGUAUUCCUGGACCGGGUGUCGGAUAUAUGCCUCAGGAGUUGGCGUUAUUUGAUUAUUUCACAAUCGGAGAAAUACUCAAUUAUUACGGAAUGAUAUAUCACAUGAAACGCGAGGAAAUUGAUAAAAACGUUAAUAAUUUACGCGAAUUAUUGCAUUUACCGGAAAAUUCCCGAAUAAUUAGUGAAUUAAGUGGUGGACAACAGCGCCGGGUGUCGAUCGCCAUAACAAUGUUACACAAACCCAGACUCGUUAUAUUGGAUGAGCCCACUGUUGGUGUGGACUCUCUGCUCAGGCAUAGGAUAUGGCAAUACUUGGAGAAUAUGUGCGAUAAAUACGGCCAAACAGUGAUAAUAACGACCCAUUAUAUAGAAGAGGCCCGGAGUGCACAUAACGUGGCGUUUAUGAGAUCCGGCGCUGUAUUGAGACAAUCAAAUCCCCAACAAUUGAUGGAUGAAUACGAGUGCCCGACACUGGAGGACGUGUUCCUACNCCGGAGUGCACAUAACGUGGCGUUUAUGAGAUCCGGCGCUGUAUUGAGACAAUCAAAUCCCCAACAAUUGAUGGAUGAAUACGAGUGCCCGACACUGGAGGACGUGUUCCUACAGUUGUGUCACUCAGAGGAAAACACCGUUACUUUGAGAUAUGACUUGAAAUCCAAAGACAAUACAGAAAUUUAUUUAAACAAUAAUAUUUUGACUGAAAGUAAGACCAAAAUUCACUACAAAAACAAUGCGUUCAUUGAUUGGCAACGAAUGAAAGCAAUGCUAAUAAAGCAAUGGAUUGCUAUUAAAAGACGGCCGCUAUUCAUGUGUGCCUAUUAUGCUCUAACUAUUAUAACUAUGACAUCGUUGCACUUGGUAUUUGCCCAGGAUAUAAGGCACAUACCGGUUGGGGUAUACAAUAGCGAUCUAACUGAUGAUCAAAUAUCAUUAUCCAAUUUAAUUCUUGAUUCAAUAAAUCCCCAAAACAUGCGAAUAUCUCAUUACCCAUCGCUCGAUAGCGCCGUUCAGUCGGUAACAAAUGGUGUCAAUUAUUUGGUGUUUGAAUUUCGAAACAACUUUUCCGACAGUUUUGAGACACGAGUGACGGAUAUGUUUGACGCCAGCGAUGAUGUCGUCGAACAAAGCCUUAUAUAUCUCUAUGCAGACCUUUCACACCCACAAAUGUACGCCAUGAUGGUUAGAUACAUAUUCAAUGGAUUUAACAUAUUCACGGAUAAAUUGGUCCAAAUUUUAAACAAUACAAAUAUCUACAACCAGAUGAAUGCAAUCAGAGUUAUCGAAGUAUUUAACGGUGAUUUAAGCAGAACACUGUCCACAUUCAUGUUUGUCGGACCACAAUUGAUGAUAUUUGUCGAAUUUAGUUUGGGUUUGAUUCUAUCGGCAUUCAUCAUGAUAAGUGACAAAUCGUCGAACAUAAUGAACCGGGUGUUCGCGGCCGGUGUCACUGAGUACGAGUAUAUGAGCGCCCAUAUAAUCAUCAACGUGAUCAUUAAUUUAGUUCAGGUCAUAAGUGCGAUGAUUGUUGUGUUUGGAGUAUUUUUCGUUCAACAUUCGGGAAGUUAUUGGGAAAUAUUUCUAUUUUUAUUCAUGGAAAAUAUGGCGGGCACUUUCAUUGGUCUAUUACUCGCGGUCAUUUUCGGCGAUCCCUUUUCCGUUAUGGUUUGCGUAAUGGGAAUUUUAUUUCCUCUGCUAUACAUAUCAGGUAUCUUUUGGCCACUUGAGGCCAUUCCACAUAUGUUUCGGUUUAUUAACUAUAUAAAUCCGGUGACAUUUCCCAUGCAAUCAAUCCGUAAUAUAAUGGCCCGUGGUUGGACAUACCAACACCCAGAUGUUUACUAUAGUUAUUUGAUGAAUAUUACAAUUAUUGUUGUUUCAUUUCUCUUAAGUCUGGCAUUAUUUAAACGCAAUUCUAAUAAAUAUUUGUCUAUUAAUAAAUGG